AUGGCCCCCCGUUACGGCGCGCUUGGUGCGGCCUUUCAACUUGCCCGUCUUUUCCAAUGUUGUUCUCUCAUUGCCAUCAUCGGAAUGGUAGCAAAGUUCAUCGCGGCCAUAGUAGGACAAGACGAUACACCACCUAAUGUUCUGAUUGGAACAAUCAGCGUGACCAGUAUCGCAGUAAUCUAUUGCAUAAUAUCUGAAAUUCUUUACCUUGAUGAUAUCCUUCCAUUUCUCCCAUCGGCUGGAUUGGACUUUCUUAUUUUGAUCGGAAUGAUUGUCGUUGCUGUCAUAAUGGGGAAACCACUUUCUUACCUUGGAUGCUCCUCGCUAUCCGAUCUCGGCGAUUCAGAUGCAGCUGCAUAUGCGUUCUCAGAGCACUUGGAUGGUUAUAUGGAUAGCUUGACUGGAAAGAUUGACUACGAGGCAUGGAUUGGGGCUUCCAAGGCAAUUUGUUUCGAGACAAAGGCAGUUUGGGGAUUGAGUAUUGCUCUGUGGUUCGUAUUCCCUCUCCACCAGAACGAGGCCGGGUCGUUCGCUGACAUCUGGAUGUAG